UCUAAGACUUUGGUAUGAUGUAACUUCCUGUUUCUGGAGUAGCCAUUUUUCAGUUGUUCAAGGUGAAGGACACAUGUCAGCUCAGCUCUUCUGAAACUUUAUCUUUUCUUUAGGGGUGGCAUUGCCAAAGAACACUGAGACCGGAAGCUUUUUCUUUUUUUCUCCUCCUGCAUAAAGACCACAAGCGGAGGCCAUCUACAUCGGAUCUGCUUUAAUAUCAACAGCUCUUCGAUUAAAGUACGUGAAUCUUUUCAUCAUGGCACACCUUCAGCCUGUUCAGUGUGCUGAGUGCAGGAUGUUUAGUCAUUCUUCCUCCGUCGCUAGCGAUAGCUUUAUUUGUGAUAAGUGCAAAUUAGUUAGCUCUCUGACAGAGAAGAUUACAGUGCGAGAAGCGUGUGUCCAGGCUUUAGAGAAGACCAGUAAGCAUGAGAACAGUGUAGUUUCUGUAGGGGAAAGUCUGGAUGCCCAAGGUGGAGUUAGUAAUCCCCCAACUCCAGCAUCAGAGCCCUUACAGUGGGGCGAAUGGGUGGCAACCUGGUGGCAUAAGCAUAAAGCCAAAGCUACCGCUGAGGCUUGCCCAUGGGAGCAUCACUCCUCUCCGCGUCAUGUGUCGAACAGGUUUGCUCUCCUUAGUGAUGCACCCACUGAGAAACCUGAAAGAGCUCUGGUUAUAAGGGACUCUAUCAUAUGGCACAUGAAAUUAACUCAGCCUUUAGGGGCACCAUCAGCUUUAGUCAGGUGUAUACCAGGAGCCAGGGUGCCGGACAUAGCAGGUAAUCUUAGGGUCCUAGGCAAGCACAGGUUCUCAAAGAUAGUUAUCCAUGCAGGAGCUAAUGAUAUACACCUUUGUCAGUCUGAGGUUACUAAGAGUAACUUUGUAGAAUUGUUUAAAUUAGUGAAAGCGAUGUCCGAUGCUGUAGUAUGCUCUGGCCCCAUCCCAAUGUGGCGUGGCGAUGUAGCUUACAGCAGGUUAUGGUCACUGAACUGCUGGUUGUCCAGGUGGUGCUCUGAAAACAGUGUGGGCUUUAUAGAUCAUUGGGCUAAUUUUGAGGGCACUGCUGGCCUGUUAGGGCAGGACGGUAUCCAUCCCACUCGGGAAGGUACUGCUCUCAUUUCCUGCAGCAUAGGUCAUAAGGGGUGUUCACACGGCAACUUUUACUCCGGUGUAGCACCGGGGCUGCCCCGGUAGAGCGUUCACACGGUACAAAGUUAUACCGGUGUAGCCCCUGAAAGCUGCUUAAACCGGUGCAAAUCUAACCCUGCUCGGGAGGUGGUUUAAGAAAUUUACUCCGGAGUAAAUGCUAGUUUGCGGGGCAGCACCGAUAUAAAAUGGGCCGUCUGAACGCUACAGGGGUAGACUCGCUACGCGUGAGGAGAGUUGAUUACAUAAGGGUAUUGCAUAAUUUGCAUCCUGGUAUUUUGCGCUUCCAAAAUGGCGAAUAUCAACAACAACAGAACUGCGUGUCUUCCAGUGUUGCCAGAUUUGGCAGUUUUAAGUGCAUUUUGGCGGAUUUGAACAUAUUUUGGGCUGGAAAACGUCAGCAAUAUCUGGCAACACUGGUGUCUUCAUCCACGUUGUUUUCCCGGCGCUUGGUGAUGCCAUGACAACCGGGAAAAAGAAGUACAUUUUCACGCAUGCGCAUAUUUCAUUUCCGCAUUAUUACUAUCGGAAAUGAUAGUAAUAAUGAUAGGAAAUGAUAGUAAUAAAGUUUUUGCUACUAUAACAUGGUCGCAGAAACUGCCGUGUGACCGCAAGUGGGGCUGCACCGGUGCUAACACGCUUCUCUCUAGUAAGCAGGGUUGUGACGUGUGAACGCUGCGCAAAAUUUACACCGGUGUAAGAUAUAUCGCAACAAAAUACAUCGGUGCAGCAUCGAUGCAAAUAUGUGCCGUGUGAACACCCUAUAUAGUCUCAGAACAGGCCUAGUUCAUUUCUGACAAUCUAGAGCCAAGGCCAGGGAGCAGACGAACAGGCUAAACUGACUGUCUGCUAGCUGCACAGUCUCGUCACUCAGGGUCCACUACAUUGAGACUGUGUCUGUUCCCUGAGCUCAACAAAAAAGUAGAAAUAUUCAGAGUUUUUGUUCCAGUAACCUAAUCAAUAUAAAAUUAGAUCAUACUGACUGUACAGCUGCUCCCAGCACCUUUGAUCUAAAGGUGGGGCUAUUAAAUAUUAGAUCUCUUACAUCUAAAGCGCUAAUGGUUAAUGAACUCAUUACUGAUCAGGAGUUUAAUGUACUUUGUUUAACUGAAACAUGGAUUAAGCCAAAUGAAUAUAUAGCAUUAAAUGAAGUGAGUCCUCCUGGAUACAGUUAUAUACACCAGCCUUGUCUAACUGGUAGAGGCGGAGGCUUUGCGGUUAUUUAUAAUGAUUAUCUCGGUGUAACACACAAACCUGGUUAUAAAUUGAAUACAUUUGAAGUUCUUCAUACUCAUGUAAUGUAUGUAGCCUCGAAAAAUAAGUCUACCCAGUUUAUUCUGUAACUUAUUAUUUACAGGCCCCCGGGGCCAUAUUCUGAGUUUCUUUCUGAAUUUGCAGAGUUUAUCUCAGAUCUGGUAAUUUCCUUAGACAAAGCUUUAGUUGUCGUAGAUUUUAAUAUUCACUUUGAUAACCCAGAAGACCCUUUAAAAACAGCAUUUAUGUCUAUUUUAGAUUCAGUAGGGAUUAAUCAGUAUGUCAUAGGACCGACUCAUAAUGGUGGUCACACCUAAUACUAAUAAUCUAAUACUAACAUUCAGGUUAAACGUAGAAAAUAUAGUCAGACUUCCACAGUCUGAAGUUAUCUCAGAUCAUUAUCUCAUCUCAUUCAAACUAUGUCUGAGUAAUAAUAAAUGCACCUCACCAUGCUACUGUAUUAAACGUACAUUCACAUCAACUACUGCACAGAGCUUUAUAAAUGAUCUCUCAGAGUUAUCAACUUUGAUUGGGUCACUGUCAGCCCCUGCCGAACUUGAUCAGGCAACUGAAUGCUUAGUCAACAUUCCGCCAUACCUUAGAUAAUAUACGAUAGCUCCUCUUAAAAGGAAAAUGGUCAGAGACAAAAAUUUAGCACCCUGGUAUAAUGAUGACACUUGCACAUUAAAACAGACCACUCGAAAAUUGGAACGUAAAUGGCGUCAAACAAAAUUGGUCGUGUUCAAAUUAGCGUGGAAGGAGAGCUUCCUGAAGUAUAGAAAAGCUCUUCGUGCUGCUCGAUCAAUAUAUCUCUCCUCCCUAAUAGAAGAUAACAAAAAUAAUCAUAGAUUCCUAUUUAAUACUGUAGCAAAAUUAACAAGGAAUAAAUCCACUAUAGACGCAUGCACACCUGUAGUAGCAAUGACUUCAUGAAUUUUUUUAAUGACAAAAUUGAGAAUAUCUGAUAAAUUCAAACUACUAAUUUAAGGUCAGACAAUGUAAGUGACCCUGUAGUUAACAAUAUAACUGUAUCAGAUCAGGAAUUAGAAUGUUUUACUCCCCUUAGAGAAACUGAAUUACUUUCAUUAAUCUCAGCAUCAAAAGUCUCAACUUGUGUACUAGAUCCCUUAUCUACACGUCUAUUCAAACAGAUAAUACCUGAAGUAAUUGAACCACUUCUAAAAAUAAUAAAUCUUCUCUUACGAUUGGCUAUGUACCCAAAUCCUUUAAAUUAGCAGUUAUCAAACCCCUGAUUAAAAAACCUGACCUUGAUCCCUGUCAGCUGUCCAAUUAUCGGCCAAUAUCAAACCUCCCAUUUAUCUCCAAGAUCCUUGAAAAAGCUGUGGCACAGCAGUUAUGCUCAUAUUUACAUAGGAAUAACAUCCAUGAAAUGCAUCAGUCAGGAUUUAGACCUCAUCAUAGCACAGAGACAGCACUGGUUAAAGUAGUAAAUGACCUACUGUUGGCAUCUGAUCAGGGCUGUGUCUCGCUGCUUGUGUUGCUUGACCUUAGUGCAGCAUUUGAUACCAUGGAUCAUUCCAUUCUUCUGGAUAGACUAGAAAAUGUUGUGGGAGUUAAGGGAACGGCCCUCUCCUGGCUCAGGUCUUAUUUAACUGAUCACUAUCAGUAUGUUGAUAUAAAUGGUGAUAUUUCUAGACGUACUGAGGAAAAGUUUGGUGUUCCACAAGGUUCUGUCUUGAGUCCACUGCUUUUUUUCUUUCUAUAUGUUACCAUUGGGUGAUAUUAUUCGUAAACAUUGUAUUAGUUUCCACUGUUAUGCUGAUGACACACAGUUGUAUGUUUCUGCAAAACCUGAUGAGAGACACCAGCUUAAUAGAAUUGAGGAAUGUGUAAAGGACAUUAGACACUGGAUGCUUAUUAACUUCCUUCUGCUUAACUCUGACAAUACUGAAGUACUUGUACUAGGACCAUAUGCAGCUCGAAGUAAGUUUUCUGAUUACACAGUAACUCUGGAUGGCCUUUCUGUUUCUUCACGUGCAGUAGUAAAAGACCUCGGAGUGAUUACUGACCCCAGUCUUUCAUUCAAAACUCACAUUGAUAACAUUACCUGGAUAGCUUUCUUUCAUCUCAGAAAUAUUGCUAAGAUAAGAAAUUUAAUGUUGCUACAUGACGUGGAAAAACGAGUUCAUGCUUUCGUUACCUCCAGGUUGGAUUACUGUAAUACCUUACUGUCUGGAUGUUCCAAUAAGUGCAUAAACAAGCUCCAGUUAGUUCAAAAUGCAGCAGCAAGAGUCCUUACUAGAACUAGAAAAUAUGACCACAUCACCCCUGUCUUAUCCACACUGCAUUAGCUCCCAAUCAAAUUUUGUAUUGAUUAUAAAAUACUACAGUUGACCUUCAAAGCACUGAAUGGUCUCGCACCACAGUACCUGAGUGAACUUCUGGUCCUCUAUGACCCGCCACGCCUACUUAGAUCAAAAGAUGCAGGCUAUCUGCUGGUACCUCGUAUAGUGAAGACUACAUCAGGGGGCAGAGCCUUUUCUUACAAAGCCCCACAGUUAUGGAACAGCCUUGCAAGUAGUGUUCGGGAAUCAGACACAGUCUCAGUGUUUAAGUCUUCGGCUGAAAACAUAUGUUUUGUCAAGCCUUUUGUUAAUGUUGUUUAUGAGGUAAAGGUGUAGAUCUGAAGGGUCCUCAGACAUAGUGUUAUGGUAAACUGGGAUGUAUGGAUGCUGUCAGUCCCCACUCGCUUGCUCACUCGAGUUUGUUGAUGGUGUAGUGGCUGGCUGCUUUAUGUCCCGGGGCUCCCUCAUGCCUGUGUUACCUUCUGGCUCUCCCCUUUUAGUUAUGCUGUCAUAGUUAGUUGCCGGAGUCCCUGCUUGUACUCAGUGCAAUAUGUAUACUGUUCCUACAGUACUUAUUCGGGUGACAUUGGGCAUACCUAACAACCUGUGUUUUCUCUCUCUCUCCCCCCCCCCAAAUCUGUCCCUCUGUGUUACAUGUCGGUCCUGGGAUCGAGAUGCUGACCUCUUCUGCUCCUUGGACCUGCCUGAUCCAUCCUGGUGCCCUGUGUCUGGUUGGAGUCUCAUCGCAUCGCUCCUGUGGAGGGCGGCCCCAUGUGGACAGUUGGGGGUCACACCUGGAGGACGCUCUGGACUCUUGUAGUGGUGCUUUUGUGGCUGGGGACUGCAGCUGACUUGCUGACUUUAGGACUGCAGUUGACUUGCUGACUUUGGGACGAUGGUUGUCGUGAACGGUUUUGUGCUCAGGUUUCCGUCGGUGGGGGGUUUAUAGCAUCAACGAAGCUGACUUUGUUAGGACUGUUAAUGUUAUAGUCAUGUUGUCUGUUGUUGCCUGGAUGGGGAUGAGUUCCCUUUUGAAUCUGGUUCCUCUCGAGGUUUCUUCCUUGUGCCAUCUGAGGGAGUUUUUCCUUGCCACCUUUGCCACAGGCAUGCUCAUUGAGGAUAGAUUAGGGAUAAAAUCAGCUCAUAUUUUAAGUUGUUCAAAUUCUGUAAAGCUGCUUUGCGGCAAUGUUUAUUGUUAAAAGCGCUAUACAAAUAAACUUGACUUGGGUGCAUCAGAGGCAAGUGGACCUUGGAUAGUGGGUUUGAGGCAGGAGACGUGAAAUGUGGGAUACAUCUUACUGUGAAGACGGAGCUCGAGCCUGUAUGAGACCUUGUUGAUCUUGUGUAGCACUUUGAAUGGGCCGAUGUAUCUGGCUUGUAGCUUUUCACAGGAGUUGGGUUCCUUGAGGUCCUUUACAGAGACCCAUACUUGAUCACCUGGGGCAUACUCUGGGGUGGCACUUUGGUGCUUGUCAGCAUAGUGAUUGUACUUGGUGUUGAUGUACUCUAGUCUCUGAUGAACCUCCUUCCAUACCUGCUGACUCCUCUGGAACCAAGAGUCGAUGGCCAGAAUCUGCAUAGGGGUAUCAUCCCAUGGGAAAAGUGUGGGUUGGGAUCCAAGUAUGCACUAGAACGGGGUUAACUGUGUGGCUGACUGCUUGAGAGAGUUGUGUGCAUACUCAGCCCAUGGAAGAAAGUGUGCCCAGUUCUUCUGAUUCCACAUGCAAAAUAUGUGGAGGAAGCAACCUACGUCUGGGUUCACUCAUUCAUCUUGGCUGUUGGACUGUGGGUGAUACCCAGAAGUGAGGCUAAUGGACACUCCCAAUUUGUCCAAAAACCAUGACCAUAGUCUUGAAAUGAACUGGGGACCCUGGUCACUGACUAUGUCCUCAGGGAUACCAUAGUAUUGGAAGAUAUGUGUGAAUAAGAGUUUGGUGGUUUCGAAGGCAGUGGGAAGACCUGGUAGAGGGAUGAGCUUGAGUGAUUUUGAAAACCUAGCGACCAGACCAGAGUGACUGUGGUAGAUCAGUGACAAAGUCAAUAUUGAUGUGUGACCAGGGUCACUGAGUACUGGGAGAGGACAUAGCUUACCAGCAGGUGGAGCUCUGGGAACCUUGACCUGGUCAAAGACGGAGCAUGAGGAAACAAAAUGGUUGAUGUUUGAUAUCAUGUUUUCCCACCAGUACUUGUUCUGGAGAAGUUGGUCAGUGCAAUGGCUGCUGGGUUGUCCGGUGGCAGGAGAGGAGUGUGCCCAGGUGAUGAGUUUGCCUCCGAGUUUGGGUGGGACAUGCAGCAGGCUGGGCAGACAGUUUUCUGGAGGGCUUGUGGGUUGUGCCAGUCUGAUUCUCUGUUGAUGUCAAUGUCUUAUGGCUUGCAGGAAACAUUCAGGUGGAAGGAUCAUGGUGGGUUCAGAUGAGUAUGGUGAGGAUGUGUUGACUCGGGAGAGAGCAUCAGCCUUGGUGUUUCUGAAACCAGGGCAAUAUGAGAGAGUGAACUGGAAUCCGGUGAAGAAUAGAGUCCAUCUGGCCUGAUGGGGAUUCAAAUGCUUAACAGUCUUUAAAGGAGAUAUGCAGAACCUUUAUUUUUAAAUAAAUUUCUGAGUGGAUAGUAUCUCCAUCUCUUGUAUGCUGCAUAAAUGGGAAUAAAAAAAAUAUAUUUUUGAGAGUUAAAAUUGACCGCAAAGUUGGCAUUAGAGCUGCCCCGCUGAGUUAGCCAUGCCUGAGUGCAUGACGUCACUGUGGUAACCGGUUUUAAGGCAGAGGCCUUUUACAGCUAUAGACCAAAGUCAUAUAAAUAAAAAUUUACGGUGAAAGUAAGAAAUACCGUAACCGACUUGCUCAACUAAGACUGAUUUGACUUCAUUGAUUGUGGGUUGACUCUCAUUAAAACAGGAUAGGUGUUAUAACUUAUGCAACAUACAUGUACAUGCAUGCAUUUUCACUGAUAAAAUGUAAAAGGCUAAUUAAAUAAAUCAGAUGAACUGAGACAAUCACAUUCUGAAGCAAAUUAAAUAAUCUUAUACAGGUAACUUAAACACACAAUACAAGUUACAUGUAUUAAUCUAAAUGCAGGUAAACAUGUUUUUUUUUAUCCAAAUGAGAGUUGGAGUUUACCCGUCUGUGUUCUCGCUUCUUGAAGGCCGAUCUUGUGGCCGAUUGUUUUGAAACAAUCUGACUUUCAGUUGUUUGUUCAGUUCUCCGUUCAUUCACUUCUUCCACCUCAGGGUGAAAUGGCAGCAAUACCCAGUUUAGAAAUAAGAUGGCUACUCCAUUCAUUCACUAUUUUCUUCAUACUGUGUAUUCCCGCCAUUACUGCUCGGCUCAGGCAAUUACUAAAACCUGGGAUGGAAUGGGAUGUCACCAGUUUUAGCAACAACUGCGGGGAGGUCACUGCCCGAGCAAUGUGUCCCGUCCUGUUCCGUCCCAGGUUUUAGCAUCAAUCCUCGGCUCACUCCAGGAGGACUGGUGCAACUGAACUCAC